UUGGGCUGUAGAUCAUUAUCAGAUCUUGCUGAUCAAUUUAAUGCAGACAGGUCUCUAUGUAGUCCAUCAAAGCCUUCAUCUAAAAACAUUUGUUAUUAUAAAUGUUCUAAUUGCAUUAAUUGUUUCAGCUUUGUGGUUGCUGUAGUGGUGCUGCUGUCCUUCUCUGCUGGGCUUCUAGUCCCAUUCCUCAUAUUCAGAGAAGGUAAACAUGUUCCUAACUUGCUGGUGGUGUUCCUGGGAUCUGAGCACUCACAUAUUGGGGAGGAACGUCGUCGGGAGCUAAGGCGCUCAUGUUCAGUGUGUGGGGGGGAGCAGUGCUCUCAUCAGCUCCCCACCUCUCUGGCCUCCCCUAUCCCCGGCCCUCACCAUCCCCAUGUGCACAUCACUGUGCCUCGCUGUGUGGACGAUGCCCUCGACGAGUUGCUGACUCUUGUGCUGGACGAGCACGUAUACAGCUGGUACAGGGAGUUUUCUGUGCACGACCAGCUAGCUGAUGAAGUGCGCUAUGUCAUCAGAUAUGCCGUGUGUGUGCUGCACGCCAGGUUACAAGAGGUUGACUUGACUCGAGUGAUCACAGAGCGUUUGCUGCCGUCGCUUUUCUCGCACUUGGAUCAGUACGUGGAGGGCGGUCGGCGGGUGAGGAUGGCGGGUGGUGUGGAGGCGGGUGUGCUGGAAUACACCCGGCGUGCGGGUUGGUUGCACCCUGCCAUGGAGAGCAGGGAAGCUGAGGCGCAGUACCUUAGGUCCCUCGUGCGAACCCUCGAAACUUUCCUCUUGCCACAGAAGUAUCAGGGUAGCAGCGUGACGAACAGCUUCCUGAAGGAGUUGCUAGGCCGCUUCCUGCUGCUGCAGUUAAUGGACUACCUCGCUGACCCCGACACUGUGAACCUCUUGCUCCUGCUGCUGCUAAACCCUGACUACCUUCACCAGCAACAACAAAGACAAGACUCCCUUAAUCAAAUGCUGCUGCUGUCGUCACUUCAGGGUCUGAACAAACCGCAUAUUCAGGAGCCAAAACUCCAGUCCCAAGAAAUUAAAGAUGGAGGUUCCAGUGUGUCCCGGUCUGAGCAAGAUCUCGAGCCCGUGCUGCUGCUCAAGAGCUUUUCAUCGGUGAACACGUUGCCUAGGAACUCGAGUUUGCGCAACAAUCUGUCUGCGGUGCUGAAAGAUCAGACGCUGCUAUACCUCUUCCACACGUUCCUCAAGGAAGAGUCAGCCAUCAACAUCCUGCAGUUCUGCCUUGCAGUUGAGGACUUCAACCGCCACAUCCUGGACCCUGACCUGAGUGGUGGGGAGCUGCAGGCGCUGCAUGGGGAGGCACAGGACUUGUAUCACAGCUACAUGGCCAACGGCGCAUUCGAUUUUGCAGUGGUGCACAGCGAGGCCUCGGCCAUCGUGAAGCUUCGCACCACACGGCCGCUCUUCCAGGCCUACGAAUUUGCAUACAAUUUACUGGAGCGCGAAUACCUACCACUGUUCCUGAACAGCCACAUGUACUUCGCUCAUUUGUGUGGAUCACGAAGCUCCCAAGGCUGCCAAAAAUCCUCUAGCAGAAGCAAGGACGAAGACAUGUCCUCAGGCAGCUCGUUCUUCUCGUCGAGAAAAUCAUCUUUGCGGCGACCAGAAAUUGCUGAGCAUCAGACCACGACAUCAGCCACACUCGGCCACACUCGCAGCUCGAGCUACGGCGGCAACUUUAAUUUCUUUGACCGUGGACCUGAGUUUUCUGGUGCUGUGAAAUACACUUUAGAGAACGGGGGACUUGUGAAGAGUUUCAGCUCUGAAAAUACGGAAAAAGUUGGUUUGGACUCGGAUGAUUUGGGUAACAUCAACGGACUAGGUUUGCUCAAUAGGAGCAAAAGCCCAAGCACCAACAGCAUCAACAAAUCCACCGGUGCAAACAACCGAAGCUCUCUGAGUCGCGGUGUCGUGCAGAGGGUCGGCAGUGUAGGCCGGAGUCUCAAGACGUUCGGAGCCUCGAUGAUCAGGCCGCAAGUUGUUGCUGGCAACGAAGACCUCACGUUUGGUGGUCGGCCUGCGUUUUACACUUCAGAGGAAGCGCCUGAAGAGGCUGGCUCAUACGCUGAUCAGGUAUGCAUAGACGUCACCAGAGACGCGGAGGGCUGCGAAGAGACUCACUGGGAGGUUCUGAGACGCUUCCACGAGUUCUACAUCCUGGAGAGCAAACUGACGGAGUUCCAUGGAGAGUUUCAGUACAACACGCUACCUUCACGCCGCUCACUCUUCACGCCUUCACACGCUAGCGACUUCAUGCUCACACGCAGACAGAUUUUCGAAGAGUACCUACAGAAGCUGCUUCAAACGCCCGCGCUACGACGCUCUCAGCUCUUGUUUCUUUUCCUGAAAUCCAAAGACGAGUUCACGUCGAGCUUCUUACCUGACGUGUCUCUGGGACGUCUGCUGCGAGACGUGCCUCGCAAGCUCGUCAAAGAGAGAGGGCAACACCUCGAGCCUUUCAUUGAACUCUUCCUGCAGUCAGCUGGCCCUCUGAUGCCUGCUGCGCUCGGCAGCAAGAGCGACAGCCUGGAGGAGGCGACGGAGGCGCGCGAGGGCGGCUGCGGCACAGAAGAGCUGUACCCGCUACACACGCGCCUGUACGGCGACAACGCGCGCUCCCUGUCACCGCCCCCCGCCCAGUGCCUGCCGUCACCGCCCCCGUCUGCCGUCUUCACCUGCACCGGCAUCACCGAGAUGAUUUUGUUCAUUGGUGUGCGGGUGUACGGCCUGGGCGUUGGGGCGGUGCGGUGGUUGGUUGCGCUGCGCAGCGUCGUGGGUGCCACCGUCGACGCGGCGCUGAUGCUGCUCAUUAGCAGGAAGCUUAGCGCCGCCCUCACCCCACACAACCUUGUCAGGCUCAUACACCUGCUCAGAGACGCGUUGAUCGAGCCUGGAGCUGAGCGCUCGAGUUCAGCACGGCGGCGGCGGGAGUUAGAGCUGCGGGCGGCGGUGCUGGCGCUGCUGCCGCCCUGGGGCACGAGGGCGCUGGUGGACGAUGACAGCUACAGGGAGGGCGCCAACACGCUCGUGAACCUGGUGCAGCACCCGCUGCUUAACAAGCAGCUAUCGUACGUCCUACUCGACCAAGUAGUCGAGGAACUCUUCCCGGAGCUCGGAGAUGCGAAGGACGACGAAGGCGUCCGGAAGUGUAACAAAACUGUAGGUCUAGACGACACUUCUCCUCAGUCCGCAGAACAAGAACCCAAGUGUGUUCCAUCUGAGGGCAAUAUAGAUUAAUUGCAAUUGUGAUUGAUUGUGUAGCAAUUGUGAGUCUUCAGGUAAAUUAUUCGUUUCUUUAUUAGGUUAUAGAAUCCCGGUAAACUCGAAUUGAAACAUCAUGUUUGCUCCAACGUAGGGUAGUUAUGGACUGAACACGUUAGUUUUUAUAGUAGGUAUAUAUAUUCAUUUUGAAGCACUGGUUUCUUGCGUAAUAAAAAUAUUAGCGAACGUGAGUUCAUGAGAGGAUCUGAUCGUCUUUCGUUACAUUUGACUAAUAUAAAUAGUAAAGUAACUACUAGCAUACUUUAGGCUUGCUUUCCUAUUUGUUAGUAAUUAUGUUAGCAUUUUCCGCAUAAAAUCGGGACCAUUCCAAAAGUUAUUGUGCAAGUGAUAGAAAUAAUGUCUCCAGUUUUGGUCUCGUUUGUAUGAUGCGUCGCUAUAUUCAACACGUGAUUUAUACUUAUUAUUAGAGUAAAUAGCAAUUAUGUCAUAGUCUUUGGUUGCCAGUCUAUUAAAAUAAGUUUUAGUGUGCGUGUUGUGAAUUUUGUUGUCCUAAUGGUAGUUUGUUUGUAGAAUAAUUUAAUAUGAAUUAUUUGUUGUCAUAAAUACGUUGAAAUAUUUCGUUAUACAAAGUUGUACAUUCCAGCGUUUAUAUUAUUUAUUUAGAUUCUUUCUUUAAUUGUUCAUAUUCGAAAAUAU